UAAGUGCGGCUGAGACGUGCAGGCAAAAACAAGGACGUCCUAUGCACUUACUCACUAAUUGAGCUCGGUGUUGGCUGGGCUCAUCAAUUCUACUUUGUUGGUGAAUCUUUCUGCCUUGGGGAUUUGCUGCGUUCACAAUGACGGUUCGUCUCUCACGGAUCCAGCUCGCCUUGUUCUUUAUCUUGCUCUGCCCGGUCAACAUCAUUGGACUCUGGUGGGCGGUGGGCAGCCCGCUGGUCAUGGACCCAAACAGCAUUUGCAGGAAGACGAAGCGUCUGGUGGGGAAGCAGAACGAGCUGUGCCAAACCCAGCCGGAGAUUGUCAGCGAGGUGGCCAAAGGAGCCAGGCUGGGCGUCAGGGAGUGCCAGUACCAGUUCAGGUACCGCCGAUGGAACUGCACCAGCCACAACAAGUACUUUGGCAAAAUACUGCAACAAGACAUCCGAGAGACAGCAUUCGUUUACGCCAUUACAGCGGCGGGCGUGACCCAUGCUGUGACCCAGGCUUGCAGUAUGGGAGACCUCCUGCAGUGCGGCUGUGAGGCCACCAGAAGCAGAGCGCCCCCAAGGCCCCCGUCCUCUUCCUCCUCUGGGGAGGGGGUGAAAUGGGAGUGGGGGGGCUGCGGAGAUGAUGUGGAGUUUGGUUAUGAAAAGUCAAAACAGUUUAUGGAUGCCAAGAGGAGACGGGGCAAGAGCGACAUCAGAGCGCUGAUUGAUCUGCACAACAAUGAAGCUGGGCGGCUGGCGGUGAAGCUCUAUAUGCGGACGGAGUGCAAAUGCCACGGACUGUCGGGCUCGUGCACGCUGCGCACGUGCUGGAAGAAGAUGCCCCACUUCCGCGAGGUGGGCGACCGCCUGCUGGAGCGUUUCAACGGUGCUUCCAAGGUGAUGGGCGGCAAUGACGGCAAGACCCUGAUCCCCGUGGGCCAGAACAUCAAGCCGCCGGACAAGCAGGAUCUGAUUUACUCAGCGGAUUCCCCCGAUUUCUGCCUGGCCAAUCGGAAAACCGGUUCGCUGGGGACACGAGGGCGCAUGUGCAACAGCACGGCCAUGGACGUCAGUGGCUGUGAUCUGCUCUGCUGCGAGCGGGGCUACCGGGAGGAAACAGUUGUGUUUGAGGAGAACUGUCUGUGUCGUUUCCAUUGGUGCUGUGUGGUCCAGUGCAAGAAGUGCUUGGUCCGAAAAGAGCUGAGUCUCUGUCACUGAUUGAAAGCACUGGGCUUGAGAGUAGUUAAAUUAAUUGGCAUAUUCUAAAUGUUUCAGUUUCUUUUUGCGGUAUCAUUUCAGUUCAGCUAGACUGGAAGAAGGGCAAGGUUUGGACUUCUGAUGGAAAUCCAGUUGGUUCCGUUUUUGCACCGUACAAGAUCAGAUAAUCCCAAAAAAUUGAACUCAUUUCACUUCAUUUCAUUUAUUUAACCCCAGUUCUGGUUAUAGGGUUGCCAGAACUUUGGACAGGACGUUUCCAGAAAGACAUAAGAUGAGCUGGCAAAAGGUUAGAAAACGUACAGAAAAAAAUUGAACUGCAUAAACAAUGGCAUUCCUACUUUGAAAAUGGGACUAAAAGAAGUCAAAAUACAGAAACUGCUGUUUCAUCUCUGAGCUACCAACUUUGAAAUAUGUGCUGUUUAUAAAAAAAGGACCAAAGAAAUUUAAAAAAGACUUGACUCAUGUAAAACCUAUUUGUAUCUUCCGUUUCAGUGAAAGAGGGGGAAGUAAGCUUGAAGUUUCUGGGAAAAAGAUCUCUGACCAGCUGGCACAGUUCGUCAGUGCCCCCUUCAGCUACCAGUUCAGUAGCAGAGCUUGAUGGGGAUUUCUGUCUAAAACCAAAGCUAACUUUUGGGUAAGCCUAUUUGCUUGGUCUCGCUUGCUGAUGCAAGCGAGUUUCUAAUAGUUAAUAAGUUAUUCCCUAAUCUAAAACAAAGAGAUGCAACACAAACACUUAGGAAACGUACAAAGCCUCUAAUUAUUCAUUAUUAACACCUAAAUAAAUAAAUUACAUAUUUCA